UGAAUCAUAGGGCAGGCUGGCGUUCUGCGGUUGAACAUUGAACCCGAAUACAUUCCCGAGCCGCCAGCUAGAUGGAUGACACGGGGACCCAAGACAACUCGGUUCAGUAAGAGCAGGGUUGCUUGAUGCUCAUUUUCCUCGUUUCAUCCGAGUAUUUUGUACACAUAUGAUGGAACGGGCGAUGGAGCAAUUAAAUGUACAGCUGAAUCGGCUGACGCGUUCUCUGCGCCGUGCCAGGACCGUGGAACUCCCGGAAGACAAUGAGACAGCAGUAUACACUCUCAUGCCCAUGGUGAUGGCUGACCAGCACAGAUCAGUAUCUGAACUACUCUUGAAUUCCAAGUUUGAUGUCAACUAUGCCUUUGGUCGGGUGAAGAGAAGUCUCCUUCAUAUAGCUGCCAACUGCGGAUCUGUGGAGUGUCUGGUGCUGCUGCUGAAGAGAGGUGCCAAUCCAAACUAUCAGGACAUAUCUGGCUGCACCCCCCUCCAUCUGGCUGCCAGGAAUGGGCAGAAGAAGUGUAUGGGAAGGCUGCUGGAGUACAACGCAGAUGUCAACAUCUGCAACAACGAGGGACUGACAGCUAUCCAUUGGCUGGCGGUGAACGGCCGCACUGAGUUACUGCACGACCUGGUGCAGCACGUCACCAAUGUGGACGUGGAGGACGCCAUGGGCCAGACCGCCCUGCACGUGGCCUGUCAGAACGGACACAAGACCACGGUGCUUUGCCUGCUGGACAGUGGUGCGGACAUCAACAGGCCCAACGUCUCUGGAGCCACGCCCCUCUACUUUGCCUGCAGUCACGGCCAGAGGGACACUGCCCAGAUUCUGCUCUCCAGAGGGGCCAAGUAUAUAGCAGACAAGAAUGGGGUCACGCCUCUGGACCUGUGUGUGCAGGGUGGCUAUGGAGAGACCUGUGAGAUCCUCAUCCAGCACCACGGCAGGCUCUUCCAGACCCUCAUCCAGAUGACUCAGAACGAGGAGCUCAAAGAGAGCAUGCUCAGGCAGGUUCUGGAACACGUCUCACAGCAGAGUGACUCUCACUAUCAGCGCAUUCUGACCAGUCUGGCUGAGGUGGCCACCACCAAUGGACACAAGCUUCUCAGCUUGUCCAGUAGCUACGAGGCUCAGAUGAAGAGCCUUCUUCGGAUCGUCCGCAUCUUCUGUCACGUGUUCCGCCUCGGCCCGUCCUCGCCCAACAACGGCAACGACAUGGGCUACAACGGCAACAAGACGCCCCGCAGCCAGGUCUUCAAGGUCAGCAGGCACCAGAGCGUUCAAAUGUGGAGGGCGGACGCCAUCAGACCCCUGGAGUUGCUGUGGCAUUCUCUGGAUGAGUGGCUAGUGCUCAUCUCCACGGAGCUGGAGCGAACGCAGCGCGACCCUUCGUCUUCCUCCUCCAGCGCGUCCGGCAGCGACAUCGCCUCCCUCCUGAGGAAGCAGCACGAGGUCGAGCCUCGGCCCUCCUCCCCCUCCUCCUCCUCCUCCCCCUCCCCCUCCCCCGCUUUAUCCCCGCCGCCCUCCGUCGCCGCGGAAACGGACGAAUCGCCCCCCGCGCUGACCUCCCUCCGCCCGCCGCUGGACGCCGAGUCGUUGGGAGGGAAGCCGUGCGCGGACAUGUGCGCCGACGGACAGGACGUGAUCGCCAUGACGGCCAACCGCCUCAGCGCCGUCAUCCAGGCCUUCUACAUGUGCUGCUCCUGUCAGAUGCCCCAAGGGAUGACCUCGCCACGCUUCAUAGAGUUUGUGUGUCUACACGAUGAGGUUUUGAAGUGUUUUGUAACCAGGAAUCCCAAGAUCAUUUUUAACCAUUUCCACUUCCUGUUAGAGUGUCCAGAGCUCAUGUCCCGCUUCAUGCACAUCAUCAAAGGCCAGCCCUUUAAGGACCGCUGUGAGUGGUUCUACGAGCACCUGCUGGCUGGGCAGCCGGACUCGGACAUGGUGCACCGGCCCGUCAACGAGAACGACAUCCUGACCAUUCACAGAGAGUCCAUCUUCCGCAGCAGUUGUGAGGUGGUGUUUAAAUCCAACAACGAGAAGCUGAAGCAGGGCAUCGCCGUGCGUUUCCAUGGCGAGGAGGGAAUGGGCCAGGGCGUGGUGCGGGAGUGGUUUGACAUUCUGUCCAAUGAGAUCAUCAAUCCAGACUAUGCCCUCUUCACUCAGUCUGCAGAUGGGACAACGUUUCAGCCCAACAGCAACUCCUCUGUGAAUCCAGACCAUCUCAACUACUUCCGUUUCGCUGGUCAAAUUUUGGGUCUGGCUCUCUACCACCGUCAGCUUGUCAACAUCUACUUUACCCGUUCCUUCUACAAGCACAUACUAGGCAUCCCAGUGAACUACCAGGACGUGUCCUCCAUCGACCCGGAGUAUGGCAAGAACCUCCAGUGGAUCCUGGACAACGACAUCAGUGACCUGGGCCUGGAGCUGACCUUCUCCGUGGAGACGGACGUGUUCGGGGCCAUGGAGGAGGUGCCCCUCAAACCGGGCGGCACCUCCAUCCAGGUCACCCAGGACAACAAGGCGGAGUAUGUCCAGCUGGUGACGGAGCUGAGGAUGACCCGAGCCAUCCAGCCCCAGAUCAACGCUUUCCUGCAGGGUUUCCACACCUUUAUCCCCCCCUCCCUCGUCCAGCUGUUUGACGAGUAUGAACUGGAGCUGCUUCUCUCCGGGAUGCCAGAGAUCGAUGUAAUGGACUGGACUAGGAACACAGAGUACACCAGUGGCUAUGACCUGCAAGAGCCUGUUAUCCAGUGGUUUUGGGAGUUGGUGGAGAACUUCACCCAGGAGGAGAGAGUGCUCCUGCUGCAGUUUGUGACGGGCAGCUCCAGGGUUCCCCAUGGUGGGUUUGCAUUUCUCAUGGGAGGAAGUGGUUUACAGAAGUUCACCAUCGCUGCUGUGCCCUUCACCCAGAAUCUCCUGCCUACCUCUAGCACCUGCAUCAACAUGCUGAAACUUCCGGAAUACCCCAGCAAGGAAGUGCUGCGCGACCGGCUGCUCGUGGCCCUGCACUGCGGCAGCUACGGCUACACCAUGGCAUAAGGACGGGCCUGACGACCGCCGCCGCCGCCGUGUGUGCGCGUGUGCGUGCGUGCGUGUCUGAGUGAGUGUCUGUGCGGCACACAGACAAUAUAUUGUUUGUGAAUGUAUGUGUAUGUCUGCUUGUAUUCAAGGGAGUGAAAUCAGUUCUUAGAGAGUGUGUGUGUGUGUGUGAGAGAGAGAAAGGUGUGUGUGUGUGUGUGAGAGAGAGAAAGAGAGCGAGAGCAAGAGAGAGCGUAUACACACUCCAUCACAGGGAUAUUUCCUCUGAUCUCUCCAGAGCCCCAUGUAUGGCAUUGUCUCAGGUUGUGUGUGUGUGUGUGUGUGUGUGUGUGUGUGUGUGUGUGUGUGUGUGUGUGUGUGUGUGUGUGUGUGUGUGUGUGUGUGUGUGUGUGUGUGUGUGUGUGUGUGUGUGUGUGUGUGUGUGUGUGUGUGUGUGUGUGUGUGUGUGUGUGUGUGUGUGUGUGUGUGUGUGUGUGUGUGUGUGUGUGAAACAGUAUCAUAGGCUGCCUAAGAGUAAUGCAGACAGAAGAGUCUAUUGGUCAAUCGACCAGCACUGCCGCACGGAUACAUUAUGAUCACAGGACACCAUCUGCUUGUGUUACAUCUGUAUGGUGUGUGUUUGUGUAUGAAUGAGAGUGAGGGAAGGAUAGGAAGUGUGUGUGUGUGUCUGUGUGUGUGCGCGUGUGUGUGUGCAGGGAGAAAGUCAGUAUUUAGACCUCUCUCAGCCACCUUGUCAAGCUGCUAAAUUCAAGUGACAUUAGUUUUAAGUUUCUUCAAAUUGUUAGUGGAGAUCCCUGACAAUAGUGUCUGACGGAGGAGAGCAUGGGUCAGAUUUUAGUCCAAGCUGAGCUCCCAAACGAGGUAGCAUCGGCUGUGUGUGUGUGUGUGUGUGUGUGUGUGUGUGUGUGUGUGUGUGUGUUUGUGUGUGCGUGCGGGACUGCAGUGGUUGUGCGUGUGUGUGUGUGUAUGUGUGUGUGCAUGCAGGAUCACAGUGGUUGUGCGUGUGUAUGUGUAUGUGUAUGUGUAUGUGUGGUUGUGCGCGUGUGUGUGUGUGUGUGUGGAAUGUGACAUAAUCAUCCUUUGGCUGGGUGGUGCGGUGGGUGCUGUGUGCUCUGCAGGGUGAGCUGCCAGUCUCCGCGGAGGGCCUGAUCUUGAUUAACGGUUCCGAGUCUCUGGCUGUGUCGACUCAUCAAUCUGCUUCAGUUUCUCAGACAAUUAUAUAUUUUUUAGCCGUCAUAGCAUACCUCGCUCCCCCAGAGAGGCUCAUCGUGUAAUCUUCUUAUUUAAUUCUGUAAAAGUCUUUGUCUUUUAUCAUGGUAUGGGUAUGAAAAAGAAAAAAAAGGUUACUUGUAUUUAUGGCUUGAUGGUCAGACGUUGGUCGGCAGUGCCAAAAAAAUCUUUAAUGCCACUCCUCUUGCGAUAUCCUAUGCUGAUGUAUUUUUUUUAAAAGGGAAUUAUACAUAUAUGCUUUGAAUGUAAGGAUUCAUAUCCAUUUUGAUCUUGUUAUGAUAUUUGGAAUGUGUAUAAAGUUAUACAUCUUGUUUGUAUUUUGUAUAAUUUAUCAGUAUUGUUUCAGAUAUUACUGCUGAUUUGCCUUUGUAAACCAGUGCUCAUGUUUAUUGUAUAAGAACCUUUAUAGAUUUUUUUUGUCAAGAGGAUUACUCAAACAUUAAAGAUGUAUUUUAGCAA